UGCUCUGCCACGAACUCGCACAUGUCGAAUGUUGAAUGCAAUGUGAUGAUUUGGAAGAUUUACGGUAUAUUGAAAAUACUGUAGUUGGUUGUGGGAAGUUUUUAGUUGAUUUUGAGGAAUUUUACGAAGAUUACAUGUAAUAUUGAACGCUAUUACUCCAAGACAAAACAAGAAAGGAAAAUGAAAGGAGCAGGAUUUAAAAAUUAAAGGUCAGUCUCGAAGUUAUAUUUGGGUAUGCAGGAAGCUAGCCAUAUAAUUUCAUAUUUUCAUGUUCUACCGAAUUGGGAAAUUUUGCAUUCAGUUUGUCAAAAUAGUUAGACCAAUUUUGUAUUUUAUUCUAAAUAUCAAGACUUCAGUGGAAUCAUAAUAUUUACAUUGUCGGAGUUUGCAUAUUUAAAAUACAUUACAGUAAAGUUACAAUAUUAUAUUGCACAUGUAUGUAUAAACACAGUUAGCGACACAGAUGUUAUGUACUCGAUUCAUUUGUUAAUGCAUGGAGUAGCAGGCUCUCUGGGUUUGGGGGAGGCCAGAGAGCCUGCAUGCUAUGCAUGGAGCAAUACCCAGGAGCAAUGUUUAACAACAGAGGUUUACUCUUUUGAUAAUGUUGGUAUGUUUCUGCUUGUUACCACCACUAUAAAUGUUUAGGCUAUUUCAUUGACUGUUAAAACAAAUGGGGCCAAAGGCACAAUUUUGUAUGUGUGACAUCCAUGUCAAGAAGUUGAUUAAGUGCUCUAUUAGGUAAUUUCUGAAAAUAUCCAUACCUACCCCGUGGAGGAAAUUGUGUGUACCUUUGACUGGUAAAGCUAUGUUUAAUUAAAAACUUAUGAAUAUGUUAAUUUUUAACCCUUGAGUAUCUAUAUCUUUCACUCUAUCUUGUAGCAUGUAAUAUUCCCCAGGCAACAUAACUGUCAUCAGAAUCCUUGGAGAAAAGUACAUCAGAGAUAUGGGUGAAAGACAACACAAAUGCAAGUGCUGUAAGAAACGUUUUGAAAGACCAUCUGACUUGAAACGACAUUAUAAAAUUCACACAGGAGAAAAAGCAUUCACAUGUGAUGUUUGUGGAAUAUCAUUUUCUCAGUCAGGGAACUUAUUAGUUCAUAAACGGAUACAUACCGGAGUCAAACCAUAUGAAUGCAAUGUCUGUGAUAAAACCUUCUCACAAAAAUCAAGCCUGGCUCGACAUAAAAGAACACAUACUGGAGAAACACCAUUUGUUUGUGGCAAAUGUGGCAAAGCCUUUUCAAAUCCAUACCAUUUGAUUUGUCACAAUAGAACUCAUGCAGGAGUUAAGCCUUACAAGUGCUCCAAAUGUGGAAAGAAGUUCUCCCAAUGUGGUGGCUUGAUAUCACAUAAGAGAACACACACUGGGGAAAAAUUGUUCAAAUGCAACAUUUGUGGCAAAAAAUACUCACAGGCAUCAGGCUUGAGAAAGCAUAAGGAAACACACAUUAGUGAAAUUUUCACCUGCAAUAUUUGUGAUAAACAAUUUUCCAAAGCAUCUAACUUGACUAAGCAUAAAAUAACCCAUACUGGUGGAAAAUAUUUUGAUUGUAAUGUCCACAUUAGGGAUGUUUUGCCUGCCAGAAGUUUCUUAGAUCGAAAAGGGACACAUACUGCAGUAAAUUUGUUUAAAUUUGAUAUUCGUGUAAAAGUGACCAAGGAAUCAUACAGUGAUUUACCGAACGACAGAGCUCUGGCUAUCAGUCAAAAACAUGCAUACCAAUGUGAUUUAUGUGAAGAAAUUUUUGCAUCUUCAGAGCUCUUGUCUGUGCAUAAGGAAUUGCACACAGAACAACAAAUGAGUGAUGUUGUCUCUCAUGAACAAUUAGAACAUCAUUUAGAUGACAAACUUAAAAAUAACAACUCAAUGAAGGAAUCAUUUGGUGAUAGAUCACAUCAAACAGCACCAGCUAUGAGUCAGGAAGAAUUGUACCAAUGUGAUUUAUGUGAAAGAAUUUUUGCAUCUUCAGGGCUCUUGACUUUACACAAAGAAUUCCACACAGGACAGCAAACAAGAGAUGUUAUAUCUCACAAACAAUUAGAAUAUGAAUAUCACUUAGACAGUGAACUCGAAGCUGAUGAACCCUCAGGAAUAACUUACAUUUGUGCAGAUUGUGAUGAAGAAUUUGAACUGGUUGAUGAGCUUUUUAAACACAGUGAGAUGUCACAUGUCAUUUCUACAUCUUGAUGGUCAAAUCAGAUUUUAAGUAUUAGAGGAUUUAUUAACAAUAGAUGAAAAAUCAGGAAUUUUACAGUAAGGAAAUUCAUGUUUUAAAUGUAUACAUUUAUGUUGUGAUUGUGUUGCAGUUUAUACCACUUUACACUAAAAAUACCAGUUUUGACAGUUUUGUUGGUGAAAUGCUGUCAUUAACUUGCUGUUACUGUAAAACAAAGGAUUAUAUAAAAAAUAAUAAUGUUUAGCAUAAAUUAAGUGCACCCUACUUUGUUAUUUUAUUCUUGUCUAACACAGAACGAUUCAUCCAUGGUUCACGUUUAUUCACUUAUUCCAACCAUGGUUCAUGUUAAUGUUCAAUAAUCAUAACUAUAGUUCACAAUAAUCAUGCAUAAUAACC